UCGGUUGCAUCAUUCGGUUUAUCACUGAAGAGAAACUAAACAUGGUAUAGACCUCGUGACAAGCUUAAUCACGCGUGUUAUCAUUUCCGCUUUUGAAAGAGAGCUGCGUCGCAGAAUCCCCUCACGAGGAUGAUAUUAAAUCUGGGUCUCGAUAUCGUAGACACAUGACCGACAAGACUGAAGUUAGACUCGCAGUCGCGACGUCACAAUCGUCUUAUCUCACUCUGUACAAGCUGUAGAAAACGAUACGGAAGAUCAUCGCGCUGGAAUUCAACGGACGAACUUGAUAAACAACGAAUGCGAUGCGUAGCUAGUAUAUAUACAUAUAUUAUGUAUGUGCAUACAAACAUCGAACGUCGCCAGCGACACCAAUGGACUCCAUUGUCGUUGAAUCACGUGGCCUAUGCUGGUGGAAGUGGUGGAUGGUGGAAAGUAAUAACAGGGAGAGGGAGGAAUACAAAAGAACGACGCUCCUACUGCUAGUCGGAAACGAUUGUGAUUGUCACAGAUUGUCCGUGGUAGACUCAGAUAGCGAGAAAAAGUUUUGCCAGGAAUAAAGAGAGCUCGUAAGUGUAAACUCGUGUGACUUGAGGAAGAAACAUGAAGAGUGUGGUAGUCCUGUUGUUACUGGCAGUUUUUGCCACGGGACAAGCUAUUUCUUUUAACAAGAUUUUGGAUGCAGAAUGGUUCAUUUUUAAGACACAUCAUAAAAAAGUCUACCAAUCUUCGGUUGAAGAGGGAUAUAGAAUGAAAAUCUUCUUGGAUAACAAGCGCAAAAUUGUUGAACACAAUCAGAAAUAUGAACUGAAUGAAGUUCCCUACAAAUUAGGAAUGAAUAAAUACGGCGAUAUGUUGCAUCAUGAAUUUAUCAAUACUUUGAAUGGUUUCAAUAAGUCAGCAAAGGGUCAAAAGCAAUUUAUGGGAGCAACAUUUAUCUCGCCAGCUAAUGUCGAAUUGCCAAAAGAAGUCGAUUGGAGGAAACAUGGUGCUGUUACAGAAGUUAAAGAUCAAGGACAUUGUGGCUCUUGCUGGGCAUUCUCUACUACUGGCUCUUUGGAAGGACAGCAUUUCAGACAGGCUGGCAUUUUAGUAUCACUUAGUGAGCAAAAUUUGGUUGAUUGUUCUGGCAAGUAUGGCAACCAAGGAUGCGAUGGUGGUUUGAUGGAUAAUGCCUUUAGAUAUGUCAAAGAUAACAAAGGCCUUGAUACCGAAAAGAGUUACCCAUAUGAAGCGGAGAAUGACAAGUGCAGAUACAAUCCGAGAGAUAGCGGCGCUACUGAUGUCGGUUUCGUAGAUAUUCCAAGAGGAAAUGAGCACAAGUUAAAGGCUGCAGUCGCUACUAUAGGUCCGGUCUCGGUUGCUAUUGAUGCCUCUCAUCAAUCUUUCCAGCUUUAUAGUGAAGGAGUGUAUUUUGAUCCUGAGUGCAAUUCAGAAAAUUUAGAUCAUGGUGUGUUGGUCGUUGGCUAUGGUACAGACUCAAAAACCGGUCAUGAUUAUUGGCUGGUAAAGAAUAGUUGGGGCGAAACAUGGGGUGAAAAUGGUUACAUCAAAAUGGCCAGAAACAAGGACAAUCAUUGUGGUAUAGCAAGCAGUGCCAGCUAUCCUCUCGUUUAACUGCCGUUGAUAACUAACUUUUUAGUUUCGACCUAAUUCAGACAUGACAGCUGUGAGAGGCCUAAUAAAGUUUUACGAAUUUUAGAAUAAA